GAGGUAUUCGAAUUAGAGGUUCGACCUCUUAUGCUGGCCUCGUGGAGCUUUUUUACCAGGGCAGGUGGUACGGUGUUUGCGACAAUAGCUGGGGCGGUAACGAUGCUACAGUUGCAUGUCGCUGGCUAGGCUUCUCCAAUCCAAGUAGCAAUUAUGCUGAUUGUUGCCGAAGUGGAAAUUCAUCGUUCAUUCUAACGAAUCUUUAUUGCACGUCAACGGAAAAUACGCUGUACAACUGUAGUCACGCAGGCCUGUUUAAUACUGUGGGCUGUUACAGUAACGAAUAUGCAUAUUUGGCAUGUUAUGGAACAAAAAACAACAUGAUUUGGAACAUCAAUCAACCGCACUUUUACUUGAGAACUACUCAGUAUAAUGAAACCUGGGCCACCGUAUCAUCACCGAAGUUUGACCAUGCAGGUGGCCCCUACAAGUUCAUGUUUAAAUAUCGCAAGACAGGCUCAGAAAUGCUUCAGAUAUGGGCUGAAAAUAUGGCAACCGAGCAAACAACUGUGCUCGGAAAAGUGACCACAACGUCCCAGGAUGAAUACCAGUAUUGUGUGGAUGUCCCAUCGGAUUUGAUUGGCAUGUAUCGGAUCGGAGUGACAGCCUUUGUAACACGGGGUUCUUCAAAUGUCGUCGUUUACGAUUUUCAGAUGUAUCCUGGUCACUGCAAAGCUACAUUUGAAAAACAGAACUGUUCUUUUGAACACGAUUUCUGCGACUACACUGUGACAGCAGGCGGACAUGGAUGUAACUAUCAAUACAAAUGGAAACACACGUCGGGGAGACUAAAAUCUGACCAUUACAUGAUGGCAGAAGCGCCUUUCAAUAUCAGCAUGGGUAGCCUGGACUUCACAGAUUUGUCGCUGGGAAAAGUAUUGAACUCUUCCAGCUGUUUUUUGCGCUUUGCCUACCUCAGUAUGAACUCCUCCACUUACAUGGACGAAAUGAAUAAAGUACAACCAGGAAGGCUACAAGUCAUUGUAAACGACGUACGAACUGAUCUGCUAUCAACAUUUCAUCCCCGUCGAUCGGCUUGGAAGGAACGCUGCGUCGAUGCCUGUGGUUAUGCGACGUCACAACUGAAUAUCACAUUCAGAGCAAUAGCAGUUACUGCUGCAAUCGAUAACAUCUCUCUUUCGAAUGAUCCGUGUGAAGAGCUAGAAGAGGAAUCAAUCGAUUGCGUGUUAAGGAAUGGUGAGAUGUGUGGGUACCAGUGGCCACAAGACAGCCACUGGAAUUGGAAUAGCGAAGGCUAUCUUGUGACUAAUGAGUCAUUCUCGGGCUUGGUGUUGAAUUCUCCGAUGUACACGCCAGUUUCUUCAAACACGUGCGUCAAAAUAACGGCGAGAUCACAAAGUUCCUCAAGUGUCCUAUAUGUAAGCGUACAUGUAGAAAAUGGAUCCAAGAUACAUUAUGACUAUCUCUAUAUGGUUGUUAAUGAAACAAGCCUGCUUUCGUUUAAUGUAUCGAGCUCAGAGAAAAUAUGGCUGGAAUUGUACGUUUAUGUUUAUUACUACCCGUACACGAUAAGCCUUCUCUCUGUGAAUGUGACAGACGGAUCAUGCGCCAUCACAGAAAAACAUUGUAGUGGACAGUCAGUUCUGUGUGAUGACACAUGUUAUCCACAGCUCUACAGAUGUGAUGGGAUACGUCAAUGCAAUGAUGGAACUGAUGAAAUCAAUUGCCAAUGUUUAAAUUCCACCUACACCUGUGCCAGUGGGGAAUGUUUCCACCCGGCCCUCAGAUGUGAUGGUGUUAGGGAUUGCAAGGAUGGGUCGGACGAAGAUUGUGAAUCAAUGGCAAGUGUAACAUGCGAUUUUACUAACGGUACCUGUAUGUACUACCUCCACAACGUCGACAUUCGUGAUACUUCUAUUUACUACGGGUAUUAUCAACAACUAGCCCAGUAUGGCAAUAUAGCUUAUAUGGAAGAAUCGAUGGGCUACUUGAGAUCUGCUCCUGUAAAUGUUGUAGAAAACAGUUGUUUCACAUUCCACUUUGCAAUUGUGUCAUCCUAUUCCAUGUCUGUGGUACGGGUAGCAACAUUCAACAGUAAUUCUUACCACACCGUGGGCCAAUGGGAACUGCAGCCGUUCAACUACUAUAUCUCGGCAUUUGUAAUAUAUGUAAAUAUUUCGUCAGGGCAAUAUGAUGGAAUUCUUAUUGAGGUACAAUCUUACUCAAUGAUCAACUACAACGAACCAAAGGCUGUUGACAAUAUCCAGCUUUUCCCAGGAGAAUGUACAACUGGCGGUGUACAGGUCUUAAAUCUCCUGGAGCUUAUUUCAACAACGACAACAUCUUUCUGGGAAGGCACCACUAAUUAUGGAAAAACAGAGUGGGAGUCGGAGACUUCAACAUGGCCGUCAACAACACCAGCAUGUAGUCAUGACCAGUUUCCUUGCUAUAAUGGGACCUGCAUACCCAUUCUGCAAAUAUGUGAUGGAGUUCCACAAUGUAGUCACAGUGAAGAUGAAUUAAUUUGUUUAACCACAACACCGACUGUAUCCACUACAUGGUCAACAUCCACGCCAAGAUUAACAGCGCCAUGGGUAACAUCAACACAGGACAGUACGACACCACAUCAUACAACUAUGCCAACAUGGUCAACGACAUCAUCUUUAGGCUGUCUAGAUGGAUUUAUCGCUUGCUAUGAUGGAUCUUGCAUACAUUGGUUUCAGUUAUGUGAUGGAAAUCCUGACUGUCUUCGAGGCGAAGACGAGCAAUACUGUUCCACUUCAGGAUGGACAACUCAUGCAACAGGACCAACAACUCCAGUAGGUUGCCAAAUGUGCUCCGAUAACUCCAGUUGUAUAUCGCCGGAACAGAUAUGUGACGGCACCAACGAUUGUGCUGACAGAAUGGACGAAAAUAUAUGUGAAGACUAUCCAUCCGUCCGUGUGUCCGAUCCUCCCGCAACGACCAUAUCAGGGUCUGUUGACCUUGUAUGUACUGUGGAAAACCCUGGCAAUCAUCAGGUGAUAUUAUUUUGGAAAAGCCUUCGGUGGGGGGACAUCUCACGAAACGGGGACUUAAUGGUGGAUAUUUCAUUCAAAAACCUUACUCGAGGAAAAUUUAGCGUGAACCUGACUAACAACGGUACCACAACAACAUACAUCUUAACAGUUGGUGUUGUGGAGCAACAAGAUAUACACGAAGACUUCACAUGCAUUUCGGAUAUCGUUGGCAUUCCUGAGGUGUACUGGCCUUAUCAUAGCGUCCGUCUCAAUAUUCAAGGGGACGGCUGCCUGUCUUUAAACAACGCUGUGUGUCACAAUCUGGGAAUUCGCCGCGUUACACUUCCGUCGUUUGGUGGUGCCACUAGUCUGUCGCAGAUGCAGCAUAGGUUGUCCAUUAUUGAUAACUAUUACAACGGCUCCUCCCCCGACCCAUGCCAUCAUAGUCUGAUGGAGUUGGCGUGUGGAUUACAAGCCACCCCGUGUGUCAACGGCCAGGCUGUACCCGUCUGUAGAGAACACUGUGAAAUGACCAACCGAUUUUGCAGCGGUCAACCUUCAAUUGUAAAUGUAAACAACUCAGACAUAGGCCACUACUGCCAGUUCCUACCCUUCUCCUCGGAUCGCACUUGCAAAGAAGUGUGGAUAGGUUGUGGAGCCACCGUGAAUGUUUCCAGAACCAAUGCAAUGUUUUGGUCUCAAAACUUCCCCAGUGUGCCGUUUGACCGCUCGUGCGCUUACACGUUUAAGACGCAUGGAAUCAUGAUGCUUUUAGCAACAAUCGAGUACUCUCAAGUUAUUGGUGCAGAUUGUGACACGGACUAUAUUGAGGUUGAUGGUCAAAAGUACUGCUACGAUUCACUUGAUAAAUCCAUAGUCAUCUCAAACAAGACGAAGACGACGAUACGUAUUCAAUCGGCAGCAAGCCAGCUUGGUGGCUUUAAAAUAACAGUGUCUGAAGCUUUCCCACCAGGUGUAUGCGACUACAUUGAAACCAGUACUGACACUACUAACUACAAUAGUGUAUAUACGUCAAAAAAGACUGGUAGCUGCAACACAUGGAUAUUCAAUACCACCAAAUGGACAGGUGUUUGGACUCCUUACAAUGUUCAGUAUGUUAUCAACAUAACGUUUACCCAAGCUGGAGAGAGCUGUGUGAAAAUAAUAAGCUUUGCCACAAAGGAGCUUAUCCACACGGUGUGUCCGGAGCAUGUGAACAACACCUACAUGUUGAAUGACAGCGUUCUUUUGGAGGCAGUGGAGGACUUUGUGGUUGAACUUGCUAAUUAUGACAACUGGCUUCCAGAAACAUUCAAUGUUUCUCUUACGGGUGCAAACGGGGACGGACUUGUGUACAUACAAAGAAGUGACGGGGCGACAGGCUACGUAUGUGGGUACAUUUAUCAAACAGAGCGGGACCAUUUGUGCAGGGCAGCUGGUUAUGGAUCUUCUACCGGGUCGUACUAUGCAAGCCCGUCUGCCAACAAGCAGGCCAUCAUGACGAUGCUGACCUGCAGCUCCUCUGCACAGAAAGUGGAGGAAUGCAGAUUUAAUUGGUACGAUGGAUGCAAUCCGAGCUUCGGAGCAUCGUCCUGCAAGUGUGAAAAUCAGCCAAUGCUUAUUGGUCUGCGGUGUGCAAUGCCGAUAAUCUCAUGCAACAUGUCCGGGUCAGACUGUGGCUAUCGUUAUUCACACGCGGAUUUCUAUUUGCAUUAUGCAUACGGGUUGGCUGCAACGAAUUCAAACAUUCGCAGCAGAAUGAUACUAUCCCCUGUUUUCUCGUACCGGACACCAUCUUACGUAACCUUUUCCUAUAUGGUAUCAGGGAAGGAACAACAAAUCUCCGUCAGUUUGCAGGGAACCGAUGGUUCAGAGACAGUACUUCCAUUUGGGCACAUUCCGGUGUCCAGCGGUUUGUAUACUGCAUGUGUGCAGCUGCCAAAUCUCUCCGGAAAGAACGCACAAUUUGCGUUCGAUUUCAAGCGGCUAACUAUCAAUGACAUCUCAUCUAACGGUUCAUCAUCAAGCAGUUCAUUUAUUAUGAGUCUGAAAGAAGUGAAGCUUCAUGCUAACGGAUGCCCAGCUACCUUCCCAAAGAGUAUCUGCCGACUCGACAACCUUGAUGUGUGUGCCUUUGGAGACUCCAUCUGUGUACAACAGGACGUGUGGUCCAUUGCAGAAAACAUGCUCAUCGGGGAUGCAGUAAAUGCUUUUCAAGAUUUGGAGCACUCAUUCAACAUGUCCACUCCUAAUCUGGAUGCAUCACUGCCAUGGUUCCUGGCGUUUAGAUACUCUCAGUCUGGUUAUGGAAUAAGAACCAACGACUUGCAACUCAAAGUCAGAGUUGGAUCCAAACUGCUGUUCUCAGAUAAAAAGUCUAGAUUUGGAACGGAAAAAAUAUGCCUCCCCAUUCCUGCCCAGACUGCGUUCACAGAGGUGAGCUUCAUUCUUCAGACUGGUUUAUCGUCAGGAAAGAUCUACAUCGAUGACAUCAGUUUAGGAAACACAGCUUGCCCACAUCCUGCAGCAUGUGACUUUGAGAUGUCCUCAAUAUGUAACUACACCGUACAACAAUCCUACUACUCCCUGAAUUGGUACAGGACAAGCAACAUGGACCACAGUAAUGCAAAUGGAUAUGGUUAUUCGAUGUAUCUAUACAAUAACUAUGGUAGUGAAGGCCAAUCUUCUAAAUUAUCAACACCAUCGGUUGAACUUCUACACGAAGAUGAACGUUACAAGUGCAUGGAAUUUUAUUACAUUUACACAGAAAGCACCGGUAGAAAUGAAAUAGUACUUACACUAGAGGCAAAUUAUCCCGAUAAUUCCACUCGUAUGUUUGAAAUAGAAAAUACUGAAACAAACUGGACUUUAUUUAACAUCCCUAUAGAAGAGACUUACGACUCUGCUGUGUUUGAAUUUGUUGCAACUCAAAGGGGAUCUGGGACGUCAUAUUAUAGCCAGAUCAUUUACGUCGAUGAUGUGUCCUUUAAGAAGAGGGACUGCACAAUGGGACUUCAGGAUCUGAACAUGUGCAGCUUCACCAACCCACACCUAUGUGACUACGAUGUGAAUUGCACAGCCGGGUCUGGCUUCAUUUGGACCCGUCACUAUGGAAACACAGACACCUUGCUGACUGGGCCUUCGGCAGACGCAGAUGGCUCACCAACAGGCUACUACCUGUAUGUUGAUAAUUCAAUGGGCGAUGCUGGACACAGAUCUAUGGUGUGGUUCCACGUCACCAUGCCAACAGAUAGCACCAACGCGCACUACAUGUUCUCCUAUCACAUGCUCGGCGCCGGAGUCGGUCGACUUGAUACAUUUAUUCAAGCACGAGGCUCGAGCUUAGGACCUGUUCGUAGCAUUCCGUUCGCUCAAUACUGAUCUUUGGUUGGAUUCUGAUUGCUAUGACUUGCCAGAUGGUUUCCAGGGAGAUAUAUUCCUCCGAGCUGUCAGAGGAGACAGUGAAUUUGGAGACAUUGCUAUCGACAAUGUGAAGGUGUUCCAGGGACCUUGUCCAGUAAAGUCAGUAGCUUGCAGUUUUGAGACGGAAACAUGUGGAUACAUUCACACCAGUGGAAGUUGGGAGUUAAAAGAUGGGUCAAUCUCAACCUCCGUUCCUGGGCGCCUUGAUGCUCCGAUGAAUGCA